UGAGCUCAAGACAGCCGUCAAAUCUUUCGCGGAAGGGUUGGAAUUGCCACCCAACAAGCAUAGCAUGUAUGCAGCAACAACCUUCAUGGUGGCUUGUCUCGUCUUCUAAGCCGAACCAAUCGGAUCGACUCCAGCGACCGUUAUCGGAAAAUCUCUCGAAAGAUUUCUAACAGGGACAACACGGAAAUUGAGAGGACUCACUUGUCGACCAAACGCCGAACAAACGCUGGGGAGCUCACCACGAACCCUAAGACAAACAAUCGAAUACGGAGUCAACCUUGUCUUCUAGUAUUAACUGCGACCACAUCGGGGAGGCGACCACAAACGAAACUUUAGCGAAAUUUACCGAUAAUCAAUUUCCGGCUUCCGAGCUUGGAGUUAUGGGGAAGCCUCUGCUCGUCCAUGUGGUUGAACUCAAAUUCUGAGAGCGGUGAUACAUUGGAUGCUGUUUUGUUGCUGCGGGAGAAUGGCGAGUCUGGUGCAUUCUUCUGCUCUUUCGUGCUCGCGAGCGACUGCUGCUCUAGCUCCGCUGCCCAGCAGGGGAGAUUGUCGUGCUUUGAAUAACGGAGGUUUGAGGACUGAUCUUGGUCUAUGUCGUCACAAAUCGAAUUUGCCCCUUCUGAGGAGGACCCGUUGUGAUGCUUUCGGCAAUGUGAGAGCUCAGGCCAUGUCUGUGGGCGUGGAAACCAAGAUUGCUUCUAAAGCCGAUGUCGGUGAGAGCUCGCUGCAGUUCGUCAAGUAUCAUGGCCUAGGGAACGACUUUAUUCUGGUGGACAACAGGAAAUCCUCAACUCCGUGUAUCUCACCAGAGGCAGCUGCCAAGUUAUGUGAUCGGAAUUUCGGGGUUGGAGCAGAUGGAGUUAUCUUCGUUUUGCCUGGUAUCAAUGGCAGUGAUUAUACAAUGCGCAUUUACAACUCCGACGGGAGUGAACCCGAGAUGUGCGGAAAUGGAAUUCGGUGUAUGGCGAAAUUUGUCGCUGAGCUCGAGGGCAUCACCGAGUCGAGGAGCUACAAAAUAGAUACCCUCGCUGGAUUAAUUGUUCCCAAACUGAUGGACGAUGGACAGAUAUGUGUGGACAUGGGGACCCCUAUAUUAGAAGCGAAAAAGAUACCAACAACGCUUGAACCUACUCAAGACGGGGCGGUUGUCAAGGCUCCGUUGGUUGUGGCAGGGAGGUCUUGGAAUGUCACUUGUGUCAGUAUGGGAAAUCCUCACUGUGUUGCACUUCUAGACGCCAAUGAGGACGUUUACUCUCUACCCCUAGCUGAGAUUGGUCCCCUUUUCGAGAAAAACGAGGUUUUUCCAGCGAAGACCAACACAGAAUUUGUUCAAGUGCUGUCGCCAUCGCAUUUGCGAAUGCGUGUCUGGGAGAGAGGUGCAGGUCCUACUUUAGCUUGUGGAACAGGUGCUUGCGCCCUAGUUGUAGCAGCUGUAUUGGAAGGGCGUGCUGAAAGGGAUUGUUUGGUGGAGCUUCCAGGGGGUCCCCUUCAAAUUGAGUGGAGAGAAAGUGACAACCAUGUCUACAUGACGGGACCAGCCGAGAUUGCCUUUCGAGGGACUGCGUACUUGUAAAACUGACGUCCUUAAAGACGUUCAAUUCAUUAUCAAAUGUCGUAUAUGUAGCAGAAUCCAAGCUCAAACUUGCUUCUAAUAUAUUAUCAGCAAUUUUGGUUCACCACUUGUUCUAGGAAGUGGUGAGCUUUGAUAAAUAAAAGGAGCUCGAAGGAAGAACGUCUUUUCUCGAGGGAUUGAUUCCGUAGAGUUUUGGUACCAAACAGGUCUUUUUCUUUGUCUCUCUGGCCGUGUCGCGUAUUCAUAUAGGAAGAAUUAGCAGUAAAAACUUACGUACAGUCUGUCUUGGUUUAUGUACACUUACAGUUAGUUUUGUAAAUUACGCCUGUGUAACAUGGCUGUGAGCGAACGGAUUUGUGGCGAUGUGUUAACAGCGCAGAUGAUCUCCCAAUCCACUUUAAGAUCCAAUUUACAUGUUAUGAGAGCGAUGUACGAGACACCUCAUAUUCACCUUAAUGGCUGCACCUCACAAAAUUUGCUUCCAGCCGGUCAUCCCGAAACCACGUUAAC